ACGCACUACGUAGAUGUACAGUAUAUAUACCUGGUAAUAUUUGUAUCAGUUCUUCAGAGAAGAGGGAACCUACAACGACUAACAUUGAAGUUCCAGUAAAGCUACUUCCUAUUCUUUGAAAUCCUCGUCGCAAACAUGAGGCUGUACAUCACGUUAUGCUUGGUGAUUAUUGGUGUGUACGCUGCAGACGCUCAACUACAUACAAGCGUUCCUAUUUCUAAUCAGAGAUGCAUCCAACCAAGAGAGUAUUCUGAACCAGCAUUGGUUCAAGUGAGCUCGAGACAGUCUGGCGUAUAUCCAGCCGCUGCUAUUAGAAGUGCUAUAAGUAGGUCAUCCAGCACAAUUAGAGUUCAGCUACAAAAGGAAGUAACUCUUGCAAGUAGUGUUUAUGAGAGAUACACCACCAGAACUGCUGAUGUUAAGCCUGCUUCCCUUGCAAAGUCAUCUGUUAACUCCCUUACAGCAUUCAGUUUCUGGAGUGAUACGUGCCCAUCAUAUAGUAGGUACUAUUACUUUCCGAGAUGGGCCUUUUGGUACAAUCAUCGAAUGUGCUGGGUGUUAUCUAAUUGGCAUCAUUACCGUGUUAGAUAUAAUACCUGCAGAAGUAGGAGUUGCUCAGGAGUCUAUACAUUUUACCCGUGGAUCACAGCCUGCAGACAAUCUACAUAUAAGACAUACUUUUAUUAUAUCUAUUGUCAUCACUAUGGUUUGGUUCGAAGAUAUGUAAGAUUGCCGCAAUGUUGCUCAUGUAUGAGACUGCUUUGCCGCCCUUGGAUCCACCACCAAACACAACCUUUAGCAGGAUAAAAUUCUGCUGGUGUAUAUCAACCACAUAACUAUGUGAUUGAAUUAAUAAAAUCAUAAAAUUU